UCCCCCUCCUUCUGAAACUCUCCAAGGGAUUGAAGGCCCCGGCCUUCCAUUCUUGGGCUGUUUAUUGGCGUGCCAGAUGGACGACUCAUUCUGUCGCCCUGGCCGAAGAUCCCAAUGCUGUGCAAGAGGGGGAAAAUCAGUGGACAAGGCUGGCCGGACAACAGGAGAGAAGGCUCAGCCAUGCCAGCGGUGCUGGGGUUUGAAGGCAGCGCUAACAAGAUUGGCGUGGGAGUGGUGCGGGAUGGCACGGUGCUGGCGAACCCGCGGCGGACUUACGUCACGCCUCCCGGCACAGGAUUCCUUCCAGGUGAUACUGCCAGGCAUCACCGAGCUGUUAUCCUGGACCUGCUAGAAGAGGCACUAACAGAGGCUGGAUUAACCUCCCAGGAUAUUGAUUGCAUUGCCUACACCAAAGGCCCUGGCAUGGGUGCCCCACUGGUUUCUGUGGCGGUUGUGGCCCGCACUGUGGCCCAGCUGUGGAAUAAGCCAUUGCUGGGUGUGAACCACUGCAUAGGCCACAUUGAGAUGGGCCGCCUCAUCACCGGAGCCACCAGCCCAACCGUGCUGUAUGUCAGUGGAGGAAAUACACAGGUGAUUGCAUAUUCUGAACAUCGUUACCGCAUCUUUGGGGAAACCAUCGAUAUUGCUGUGGGUAAUUGCCUGGAUCGUUUUGCUCGAGUGCUGAAGAUUUCCAAUGACCCAAGUCCAGGCUACAACAUUGAACAGAUGGCAAAGCGAGGCAAGAAACUAGUUGAGCUGCCAUACACUGUAAAGGGGAUGGAUGUCUCUUUCUCGGGGAUCCUGUCUUUCAUUGAGGAUGCAGCCCAGCGGAUGCUGGCCACAGGCGAGUGUACUCCUGAGGAUUUAUGCUUCUCUCUGCAGGAAACCGUGUUUGCAAUGCUGGUAGAGAUCACAGAGCGAGCCAUGGCACAUUGUGGCUCCCAGGAGGCCCUCAUCGUGGGAGGUGUGGGCUGUAAUUUGAGGCUACAGGAAAUGAUGGAGACAAUGUGCCAGGAACGUGGAGCACGGCUUUUUGCCACCGAUGAGAGAUUCUGCAUUGACAAUGGAGCCAUGAUAGCCCAGGCUGGCUGGGAGAUGUUUCAGGCUGGGCACAGGACCCCCCUCAGUGAUUCGGGGAUCACACAGAGGUAUCGGACAGAUGAAGUAGAAGUGACCUGGAGGGACUGACAACCUUAACACAAUUAGAGUAGGUGGUGCCCUAAGUACAGCCUACAGGAACUUGGACCUUAAUCUCUGUCUGAUCUGGGUGUCCUGGGGAGGCUGUGGACUCCUGCCUCCCAUCAUUUGAACCUCAAGUUGAUUCAGCAAUAAAGUAUUGUUGGUUUUGUA